AUGCAACAGCAAAAAGCCACACCAGAUUACAGUACCUUUGAUUUUACAAAGAACACAAAAUAUCGUACUCCCCCUUGGUUAGCAAACAAAAAAAAAUUAUUCUUGGACAAGUUUUUUUUUAAUAUUUUUAUCCUUAAAAUUAUUUGGAUUUAAAAAUAAAAAACUACUUUAAUUUGCAAAAUUUCUGUUAUAGAGUGUUAAUUGUCUAAUAUUUAAUUUGAUUUGCUUGAGGUUUCUUUAUUAUAAUUAUCAACUAUAUAUUAAAAUUUGCUUUUUAGCAAAAAACUUUAUAUUGAAAAUAUUUUACUAGCUAACCUGCAAGAAUUUUCUAAUUAUUUUGCUCUCUAGCCAAGGGAGGAGUUAAACAUAGAAUCAGCAUUGUUUCGCCAGCGUUUUCUAAGACAACUUCAAUGAUUUCUUUAACUCCAAAAAAACCAUUAGUUAUGCCAAGAUUAAAAUCUAGAGGAUCUACAAGAAGGAUUAAGCCGGAGCUCUCAAGUCUCUUUGAAUCCAGCACAACUAGUUCUCAAAUAUGAAAGCCUUUUUCUCAAUUUGCUAGAGCGUCAUUUGUGAGACCACCUACAGGUGGAGGUUUCGCUGGAAUGAUUUUAACCAGAAAUUCUAAGACUUUGGAAUAUUCAAAUAGAUUCAAAAUCAAGCAAGAUUUUUACUAAAAAAUAAUGUAUGAAUUAUAUAAUGGAUCCAAUAUAAUAAACUUAUUUUAAAACAAGUAGAAUAUUUUUCAGGAAAUAUAUUCGCCAAGUUUUAAUUAAGAUUGUAUAA